GGGAUCUUAUGGUUGUCUUUCUGGCUACCUACAGAAGAUGGAAGAUGCUCCUAGGUAGAGGUCAAGCACAUGUAGCUUAUAUUUUUACAGUCUCAUUCUCUUAGCAUGGGAUUAAUUUCAAGAAUUUUAGGCUUUGUGACAUUGUGUUAAUCGGUUAAUUUUAUUUUAUACUUAUGCAGUAAUUUUGUGUUGAAAUAUGUAAUUCCUGUUGUGGAGCAAUGUGGCCUACUCGAUUUAAGAACUGACCAUAAUUCAAAUUAAAUAACUAAUAUACAUGAUUAUGCUCCAUGAAUCUUGAUCCCAUUGAUGAAAUUUGGUGGACUUUCCUAUCAAAUUAAAUAACUAAUCAAGAGACGAGCUGGUUAGAAUCAUUGUGUUCUCACUCUUCAAUAUACUAACUAGGUAGAUCUUGACUUUGGUGGUUGGUUUUGUUUGGUCUAGAUUCUUUCUUGUCUUGAAAGACAUUUGUGAUUCUUCAGUUCGUUUGACAUUUUCUGAACCACCAGUAUCGUGAUGUCGUGUGCACUUAAUCAUUUUCCCUAUCUACUAAAUACUCGAUAAAGCAGCUUGUACUGAUUUUGUUGACAUGCUUAGGUGAUAUGUCGAUCAUCCUCCUUUUCGACAUUACUGGUUGGGGCUCUGAUUUGUUUUCUCGUAUCAUAUGAUUUGUUUGAGUUUUUCCAUCGCUGUGGGGUUAGACUUUGAUGGAGUUUGUGAUAGUUGUUGCUGUUUUGAGUUGUUUCAUAAUGGAAUUGCCAGGUAGUUUGUUUUCAAUGAUUUUGUUGGCUUACUUGUUAAAGAACUCAUUAAAUUCCUAUCAACCUACCUAAAGAUGUUGAUGCUAAUAACUAGUUAGGCGAAUGCCUUCUUUUCAUGUUAGAAAAUUAUCAUCACUUAAUAGCAGUCUCAUGUACCGUGUUUUGGGAUGUGAUAUCUUUCAAGAUCUUCAGACGGCCCCUACAAAAACGAAGAAUGCAUGUCUCAUGUACAAUCCUUUUUCUUUAACUCGACCUUAAUUGUGGUCCUUGUUCUAUUUUCCCUUUCCGUAGCUGGACUUGCAAACUGUUGAUCUGAGAGGCUAAAAAGGCAUUCACUCCACCACGAGAAGUGCAUGUGCAAGUGACCCAUUCCAUGCCCCAAGAAAAGAUCGAGAUCUUUAACUCACUUCACGACUGGGCUGAGAAUAAUAUCUUGGUGCUCCUCAAGCACGUCGAGAAGUCCUGGCAGCCUACUGAUUUUCUGCCUGAUCCUGCAUCAGAAGGCUUCCAUGAGCAGGUGAAGGAGCUCAGGGAGAGGUGCAGGGAAAUCCCCGAUGACUAUUUUGUGGUUUUGGUUGGCGAUAUGAUCACGGAGGAAGCACUCCCGACUUAUCAGACGAUGAUCAACACUCUAGAUGCAGUCCGGGAUGAGACGGGUGCUAGCCAGACCCCCUGGGCUAUUUGGACGAGGGCUUGGACCGCUGAAGAGAAUAGGCACGGCGAUCUUCUCAACAAGUAUCUUUACCUUUCUGGACGCGUCGACAUGAGGCAAAUCGAGAAAACGAUACAAUACCUGAUCGGCUCAGGGAUGGACCCUCGAACCGAGAACAACCCGUACCUUGGGUUCAUCUAUACCUCGUUUCAGGAGAGGGCGACGUUCGUCUCACACGGAAACACGGCUAGGCAUGCCAAGGAACACGGCGAUAUCAAACUAGCUCAGAUAUGCGGGACCAUAGCCGCGGAUGAGAAGCGUCACGAGACGGCCUACACCAAGAUUGUGGAGAAGCUCUUCGAGGUGGACCCCGAUGGCGCCGUGCUGUCCCUUGCGGACAUGAUGAGGAAGAAGAUCACGAUGCCGGCUCACCUGAUGUACGAUGGGAGGGAGGACAGUCUCUUCGAGAACUUCUCCGCGGUGGCGCAGCGGCUGGGAGUCUACACGGCCAAAGACUAUGCGGAUAUCUUGGAAUUCUUGGUGGCGCAUUGGGAGGUGGAGAAGCUGACGGGGCUAUCCGGUGAGGGGCGCAAGGCGCAGGAGUACGUGUGUGGGCUGCCGCCUCGGAUUCGGAAGCUGGAGGAGAGAGCCCAAGGUAGAGCGAGAGGAAAGGAGGUGGUCAGAGUUCCCUUCAGCUGGAUUUUUGGUAGAGAAAUCAUGCUUUGAGUUUGUUAGAUGUUUUGGAACGUCGUCGUAUUAGUGGUGGUAGUAGCAUUAGUAAUGUUGGAACAAAUCUCUAUUUAGUCUAGCUGCUUAAUUUUCCUUUUGCCCUCUAAUUUUGGUUUCCAAUGCAAGAUGUUGUGUUCUCUUUCAUUUUCA